CUCCACGAGCAGAAGAACAACAUGUUAUAUGGGAAAUGCUGCAGUAGGAAACACUGAUGAAUCCAGACGUACAUGUACGUAAAGAUCCACCCGUUUGAAUGUAGCGCGACAUGUGCUCUGCCAAAAAAUAACUGGACAAAGGAGUGAAUCUCGUGGACAUCAGUCAAAAAAUUUAAAUUGCAUCUAGUUCCUUUUUAACACUGGAAUAUGGCAAAAAGUAUAUGUUCACUUAUGGAAACCAACAACACAACUGUUGAUGAUAUGUGCAACAGACUUGGCACCACCAACGCACACUUUAAACAUCAGCAAAGAGGAGAACCAGACCUCACAGUGUCACAGAAAGCAGAUAUAGCUAGAGAAAUUUAUGCAAAAAACCCUGCAACAUUCCUCUCUAGGUUUGGUAAAUAUAUGCUAGAAGAAGAUGUGUCUCAUUUUGAAAAUUUUAAAGGAAACUAUGAAGUAGAUUUUCAUUUGAAAGAGUUAAGAAAACAGUUCAGUAAAAAAGAGAGUAAAACCAUAAUCAAAAACAGGAGGUAUGAAGCAAUGAAAAAACUUAUAGAGGAUGGGGAAUACUUCUCAGAGGAGGAAAUGAAAUCUAGGAAUCCAUUAUUGUAUGAACAGAUGAUUGGCCAAUAUUUGACUGAAGAAGAAAUUCAAGAAAAGGCAGGGACAUUUGAUAGAGCAGACUGUAGGUUUUCACACAUUUUAAUGGACCAUGUAGGAAUAGUGCUUCAGAAUGAAUUGUACUACAAACAAAAAGAAAUAGAGAAUGACCAAUGUGAGGAAAGUGAAGAGGAGGAGGAGGACGAAUGUGAGGAAGAACUUGAAAUGGAUAAUGGUCAGAGUAAAGAUGGCAGGGAAAAUCUUCCAGAAGCUGAACGCAACUUGUUAAAGGAAGAAUUUUUGAACAUAAUGAAAGAGAGAUUUAUGAAUGGAGAAGAUGAAGAUUUUGAUUAUAGUAAAGUGGACACAAAUGCAGAAUAUGACUCUCUAGACAUCCGGGAACACGAUGAAGAGGAAAAAUACUUUGAUGAGGAAGAACCAGAUGAUUUACUUAUUGAAAGCCAUGAUGACAUGGAAACUGUAUGAUUCCCUGCGUGAAAACAAGUUUUUUUUUUUUUACAAAUCCUUGGAGUUGUUGAUAUCCAUUUACUUAUUCUGGAUGUUUAAAUAAGUAUUGCUUUGACUUACAUGCAAUGAUGGGAAUUUUUUGCCUGGUUAAUGCUUCUUGCUGGAAAGAAAUGCAGUUUAACAGCACUGCCCAUCUUUUUUUAUUGCAUCUGUGUUGUAAGAGGAUUGCAGCAGUGGUGUAUUACCCAAAGGAUCAGAACUGAUGUAGCAGAUUGACAAAUGUUACCAUAAUAAUCAUACAAUGCUUCUAGUAAAACUUGUAAAGAAAAUAAAAUGUUUUACAGAUAAUAUGA